GUUUUCUGACCACGAUGGACGAAACCCGCGAGUUCCGCAUGGAUGUAGCCACACGGAGGGAAAGGAAGGAACGCCACACAACAUGGAUCCAGGACCAGUUAGCAAAAGAAUAAUUUUAAUGUUCGCAUGCCAGAACGUGGACCAGCUUCAUUCUCAACCAAGUUGAAAAAUCAAACACUCAACACCGAUGGCCACCCACCAAGUUUUAGUACAUGUAGCGCUUUAGCUAGCUCUGCUUAAUCUGAACUCACUCUGAGCCUCUCUGAAACAUGCCGAGCAGAGCAGGUGGAAAUCAAGAAUUUUCAGAUGCCCCCUUGCUGAAUGAAUACUUGAAGGGGAUUGAAGAUGACGGAGAUGAACACGAAGAUCUGAAACAGAGAGUGUGGAAUGAAUCGAAGAAGCUCUGGCACAUAGUUGGUCCAGCAAUCUUCAGCCGCCUCGCCUCCUACUCCAUUAUCGUCAUCACCCAGUCCUUUGCCGGCCACCUCGGCGACCUCGAACUUGCCGCCUUCUCCAUUAGCAACAACCUCGUCGUCGGCUUCGACAUCGGCCUCUUGCUGGGGAUGGCGAGCGCGUUGGAGACGCUAUGUGGCCAAGCUUUCGGAGCAAAGGAGUACUACAUGCUGGGAGUGUACCUGCAGCGAUCGUGGAUUGUCCUGCUUGGGUGCUGUGUUCUGCUUUUGCCGCUGUACCUAUUUGCCUCGCCGGUGCUGAAACUCUUGGGGCAGCCGGAGGACAUUGCCGAGCUCUCUGGGGUGGUGACUCUCUGGAUGAUUCCUCUUCACUUCAGCAUGGCUUUCCAAUUUCCAUUGCAGAGAUUUCUGCAGAGUCAGCUGAAGAACGCGGUGAUCGCUUGGGUGUCUCUGGCGGCACUCGGGGUGCAUUUGGUGUUGUGCUGGGUGUUUGUGUAUGGGUUCAAGCUGGGCGUGGUGGGAAUUACGGUGAUAUUGAAUUUUUCUUGGUGGGUUUUGGUGAUUGGGAUGUUCGGUUACAGUGUUUCUGGUGGGUGCCCUCUUUCCUGGACUGGGUUCUCCAUUGAAGCUUUCUCUGGUCUCUGGGAUUUCAUUAAGCUCUCUGCUUCUUCUGGCCUCAUGAUCUGCUUGGAGAAUUGGUACUAUAAAGUACUAAUCUUGAUGACUGGAAACUUGGAAAAUGCAAAGAUUGCUUUGGAUGCUCUGUCCAUAUGCAUGACCAUCAACAGCUGGGAGAUAAUGAUUCCAUUUGCAUUUUUUGCUGCAACAGGAGUGAGAGUGGCAAAUGAGCUGGGAGCAGGAAAUGGAAAAGGAGCAAAGUUUGCAGCAAUAGUGGCAGUGAUGACAUCAUUGGCAAUAGGGAUUUUCCUCUGCUUACUGGUAGGGAUAUUCCAUGACAAAGUUGGCUUCAUCUUCUCCACCAGUCAGCCAGUCCUUGAAGCUGUUAACCACCUCUCUGUUCUCCUUGCCUUCACCAUCCUCCUCAACAGUGUUCAACCUGUUCUCUCUGGGGUGGCAGUGGGGUCUGGUUGGCAAGCACAAGUGGCUUACAUAAACUUGGCUUGCUACUAUCUGGUUGGGGUCCCUAUUGGGCUUUUGGGUGGAUGGGUUUUCCACCAAGGUGUCAAGGGCAUAUGGGCCGGAAUGAUCUUCGGGGGAGCUGCAGUUCAGACCUUGAUAUUGACCAUCAUUACCCUCCGGUGUGAUUGGGACAAAGAGGCACACAAGGCAACCAUGCAUGUAAAGAAGUGGGCAGGCAGUGCUACUCAUGGAGAUCAUUGAGCCAACUGAUUGGCGAAAUACAAUAUAUGAGAACAUGCAUAUAUGUAUGUAUUUACCUAUUUUAAUUUUCCAUUCUUCUCCCACAAGAGGAAAGGAUAAUCUUGAUUUUUGCUUGUUCAAGGACAAGGUUCUUUUUGCCCAUAGGCAAAAUAGAGUUUUUUUAAAAAGGAAAAA